AUGGUUUCCUUUAAAAAUCAUCCGAUACAACAAGAUUACCACUUGGGGAGCCAAGUUUUGGGUAUUGGAGUGAAUGGGAAGGUGAUUGAGUGUGUUAAAAUCGCAACGAAAGAGGUGUUCGCACUGAAAGUGUUGAGGGAUGUGCCUAAGGCGAGACGGGAGGUGGAAAUUCAUAUGAGUGCAUGUAACCACCCCCAUAUUGUGAAGAUCUUUGAUGUCUACGAGAAUAUACAUAACGGGACGCACUGCUUGCUGAUUGUAAUGGAACGGAUGACGGGUGGGGAGUUGUUUUCCAGGAUCCAGGUAACGAGAGUUCCGUGCUCUUAAAUAUUUAAUUACAGGAAAGAGCCAGGUCCGCUUUCACGGAGAGGGAAGCCUCCAAUAUUAUGUACGCCAUUUGUUCGGCCAUCCAGCAUUUGCAUAGCAUGGACAUAGUGCAUCGAGAUAUAAAACCGGAGAAUCUUUUGUACAGUACCAAAGACGAUGACGCGGUUUUGAAACUGACUGAUUUUGGAUUUGCCAGAAAGUUUGACGGAACGGUAGAGAAACCCCUGGAUACACCGUGUUACACUCCGUAAGAUGAGAUUCAUCGUUCUUUAUGCUUUCUAGUUACUACGUAGCCCCCGAAGUUCUUGGAACUAAACCGUAUGACGAGGCCUGUGAUGUCUGGGCCAUCGGGAUUAUAACUUAUAUUCUUUUGUGUGGAUAUCCUCCGUUCUUCUCAACCCAUGGCCUUCCCAUCAGUCCAGGAAUGAAAUCACGGAUCCGGGCUGGUCAGUAUGACUUUCCCGCUCCCGAAUGGGACAGAGUUUCCGAAGCAGGUAGGUCCGGAUUAUCCGCAAUGAUUUCAUCCGCCCUCUAAUCUCCAAGGCAAGAAAUAGGUGUGGUAAUCCAUUUCUUUGCAGCCAAGGAUCUCAUCAGAGGAUGUCUAAAGACCGAUCCCGCAGAACGGAGUACGAUCGACCAGGUUAUGAAACACAAGUGGAUCACGCAUUACAACAAGAACCCUAAAACCCCCCUGGCUACACGUGAAGUGCUGCUAGAGGAGCGACAGAAUUGGCCCGAAGUGGCGGUGGGUUGUUGGAAUGAUACGAAUAUCUCCGCCUCUACUUUACAGGCAGAGAUGGACAAAGCGUUGGCUUCGAUGCGGAUCGAUGACGUCAGAGUCAAACAUUUGAGUCAUGCCAAGAACGGACUGCUAGAGAAAAGGAAAAGUCGCUCUCCGGCACAUUAA